AUGUCGGAGACUGCUCCUGCUGCCCCUGCUGCUGCGCCUGCGGUGGAAAAGACCCCGGUAAAGAAGAAGGCUGCCAAGAAACCUGCAGGGGCGCGCCGUAAGACGUCCGGGCCUCCAGUGUCGGAGCUAAUCACCAAAGCGGUGUCCGCCUCCAAGGAGCGCAACGGAGUGUCCCUGGCCGCGCUCAAGAAGGCGUUGGCAGCCGCCGGCUACGAUGUGGAGAAGAACAACAGCCGCAUCAAGCUGGGUCUUAAAAGCCUUGUGAACAAGGGCACCUUGGUGCAGACCAAGGGUACCGGCGCCUCGGGCUCCUUCAAACUUAACAAGAAGGCAGCUUCCGGGGAAGCAAAACCCAAGGUCAAGAAGGCUGGCGCUGUCAAGGCGAAAAAGCCUGCCGGAGCCAAAAAGGCCAAGAAGGCCACGGGGGCUGCCACCCCUAAGAAGAGCGCAAAGAAGACGCCAAAGAAGGCAAAGAAGCCAGCUGCUGCCGCUGUGGCCAAGAAAGUGGCAAAGAGCCCAAAGAAGGCCAAGGCGGCCAAGCCAAAGAAAGCCGCCAAGAGCGCAGCUAAGGCCGUCAAGCCUAAGGCAGCCAAGCCUAAGGUUGCCAAGCCUAAGAAGGCUGCACCUAAAAAGAAAUAG